AUGACGUUUUUGUCAUUCGACUCGGCAACUCCCCGCUACGGGGAGAUCGACAUGGACAUCGCUUUCGUGGGAGAGUUGAAACAAGACUCCCAGACAGACGGUAUUCGCUACACAUUGCCAAGCAAGAUCGCUCCUCGCUAUAGAGCUACGAUGUCUUACAGCCAAACCCAAUUAUCUCCACUCGGUGUGCCAGCCAGCCUCCAAGGAAUGUCCAUCACGGUUGAUGUUCAGAUGGAGAAGGGGUUGGUAAUCCGAGUGGAGAUAAUUGGGUUUGGCUGUAAGACAUCGUAG